AUGCAGUCCUCUUUCCUUCUGCUUUCUUUGGCCUGCCACGCCUUCGCAGCAACAAUCACUUCCCUCCCCACCGCCGCCCCAAGCCCAGCAAGCACCGCUUCCGCCUCCUCCGCCGCAUCAACAAGCUCAGGCGCAGCCUCAGGCUCUUACUCGACUCGCUCCGUCUUCCUGCCCAUCAGCCUUACCGAGCAACUCGCCGCCUCGGUGGUGACAGCAGCCCCAUCAUCCACCGUCUACGCCGUCAGCUGCGCAGCAUCCGUCUCGAACUGCCCCGUCAACAGCGCAAUCUCAAUCACAGAAGGCAGUGACCUGUUUGCCGUCGCAGCUCCAGCGUCCCUCCUCGGCCGCGGCGCCGGAACCAUCUCUCUCUCCUGCGAGCUCGCGGGCGGCGCAACGGCCACCGCAGCAACAUGCACAGCCGCAUCGGUCAAUAGUGGUCUGUCCCUCGCCACCGUUUCCACGCUGUCGGCGUCGCAGAUCUACUACGUGCCGUUGACCAUCACGGCCGGCCAGAAUGAGUUGGCGAGCGUGACGAGUGGUGCUGCUGGCUCGAGCUCGACGGGUGCUGCGGGCAGGGUGAUGGGUGGGGGUUAUGCUGCUGCUGCUGUGCCGGUUGUGAUUGGUGGUGUGGCUGCGGCUUUUCUAUAA